GUACUAGAACAGCCAAGAGGGGCUACAGAAGACGUGGAUUACUUCGAAGUACAUGGACAGGUACCAUAAUUCAGUGGUGAUGUAGUGGAAGUCAACUCUAUAGAGGACCAGGCCAACCUUCAACCAGGCCACAAAGUGUACGAGAAAAUUGAGAAUUGGCUAUGUGAAAUCUAAUCUCAAUCACAUAGAAUCUGCCUCUGAUCUUGCUGUGCUAGCUUAUAGGGCCAUCCUGCGGACGAUACGAAAUAAGACGCUUGUACCAAAUAUCAACAUUAAGGUGUUAGCAGAAAAAGGGCUUACUUUGAAACAAAUUCGUUAG